AUGUCCGGCGCAGCAGACAAAGCUCGAUACUACUUGGAGCAAGCAGUACCUCAGCUUCAGGAAUUCAAAGAGAAGAAGAUUUUCAGUGAGGAUGAGAUCAGGACGUUGGUAAAGAAACGAUCCGACUUCGAACACAAGGUUCUUGCCAGAGGAUCGACACCAGUAGACUUCGCUCGAUAUGCUGCUUGGGAGAUUGGUCUUGAGAGUCUGCGACAUAAGCGUUGCAAGCGAAUGAAGAUAAAAGGUAGCACAUCGCAUACCGGCCAGGCAAGGAUAUUCAAGAUUUUCGAUAGAGGGACCCAGAAACACCCAGGCGACGUUGCGUUAUGGAUGUCAUAUCUGGAGUACUGCAAGCAAGCCAAGGCUACCAAGAAGUUCAAGACUGUUUUGACCGCAGCAAUACGGCUGCACCCACUCAAGGCGGAAUUAUGGCUUUACGCUGCGAGAUGGAGCUUGGAAUCAGAGGCAGAUAUGAAGGAGGCGAGGAGUUAUAUGUCGAGAGGAGCACGAUUUUGCACAAUGAGCAAGGAUCUAUGGAUUGAAUGGGCAAAGCUGGAGAUGAUAUACCUCGCUAAGAUAGCGAUGCGGAGAAAGAUUCUGGGUAUCGAUGUGGAGGAGGUUGCAGAUAAUGCGAUGGAUAUGGAGAGGACCGAAAACGACGCAGCUUUCGGAUCAGAAGAUGUGAUCGCAGUCCCAAAUUUCAAGAUGAACACAAUACGACCAAGAAUGUUGGAGGGUGUCCAGGUCGACAAGGAGGCCGCUCAAGACCCGAUGAACACUCCAGCAUUGCAAGGAGCCAUCCCACUCGCUAUUUUUGACGAAGCAAAGAAGCAGCAAUUUUUCAAUCCAUCAGUUGCUGCCGAUUUCUUCGACAUGUUCGCACUCUUCAGUCAAGUCAGGUGCCUUCCGAAGAUAUUACAGCAUGUCUUGGAUGUACUGACCGAAACGUACCCCGAAGAUCCCUUCACAUGUAGUUGCUACAACAAGCAACCUUUGGUUGGUAUUGAUCCGAUAUCGCCACAGUUCCCAGCUGCUCUUGGGACUUUCUUGGACAGAUUAAAGGAAACAAUGGGGAAGACGAAAGACAAGGCGACGCUGGGGAGGAAGACCAAGGCAUGGAUCGAGCCGAUAUUGGCUCUGGGCGAGCUGGAUCCCGGUAUCAAGACUGUGCUAGAGCACACCCUGCGGAAACUAUGA